AUGACAUCGUCCUCCACCGCGGCCCGCGAGGCGCAGUACCUUCCCCCCUCAGAUCUAGCCGCCAACUACAAGCGCGGCAUCCAGCGCGACUUUGUAUUCAAGCCGCACCCCUCCUCCACGAUCCCCGGCUCGACCCGAAUCAAAAAGGUCGAGAACUUCUACGUCCGUCCACGCUGGCUGUUCGUGCGCAUCGAAACCGAAGGCGGCGUAGUUGGUUGGGGAGAGGGCACACUCGAAGGCCACACCGAGGCUGUACAGGGAUCGUUGGCGGACAUUGCCAGGCGUAUUGUGGGAUGGGACGCGAUGAACAUUGAGGACAUCUACACCUACCUCUACAGACACCGCUUCUACCGCGGUGGAGAAGUGCUCAUGUCCGCAAUGAGUGGUGUUGAUAUUGCUCUCUGGGAUAUCAAAGGCAAAGUUCUUGGUGUGCCAGUGUGGCAACUCCUCGGUGGGGCUGUGAGGGAGCGUUGUGAGGUGUAUGGAUGGAUUGGAGGUGAUCGGCCCUCGGACGUGCUGGAGCAGGCCAAAGCACGAAAGGCGCAGGGGUUUACAAAGGUCAAGAUGAACGCUACAGAGUCUAUUGCGUGGCUUGACUCCCCCCACGCCCUCGAUGAGACGGUCAAUCGUCUCGCCCAAGUUAAGAGUAUUGGCAUCGACGCCGGGUUGGACUUUCACGGACGCGUGCACAAGGCCAUGGCCAAGCAGCUGGCCCAGCAGCUGGAACCGCACCGACCGCUCUUUAUCGAGGAGCCCCUGCUUCCGGGUCACGUCAACGAGAUGAAGGACCUGUACAACAAGACGACCAUUCCUAUUGCCCUUGGCGAACGCCUCUUUACCCGCCAAGAUGUCAGGCCAUACUUUGAGGCCGGGUGUAUCGACAUUAUCCAGCCCGACAUUGCGCAUGCUGGCGGUAUCUCGGAAACCCGCAAGAUUGCCAUCAUGGCCGAAGCGUACGAUAUCGGCGUCGCCCCGCAUUGUCCUCUAGGCCCGCUCGCAUUCGCCGCUUCCCUCCAAGUAGGCUUCGCAACCCCCAAUUUUGUGAUUUGCGAGAUGAGCUGGAAGAUGCACUACAACACCGGCGGAUUCGACCUCCUCACGUACAUGACCAACCCCGAGGUAUUCGAGGUUCGCGAUGGCCACAUCGACCUCCUGACCUCGCCGGGUCUUGGCAUUGAACUAAACGAGGAGCUCAUCCGCUCCGAGGCGGAGGAGGCGGCAAAGCUCGAGCCGUGGAUCAACCCCCUCUUCCGGGGUCCGGAUGGAACCGUGCGCGAGUGGUAG